AUGGCACAUAGGAAACAAGAGGAAAAAAUCUUACCCAACAACGAUUUGGAGAAGAAAAUUAUAGAAGCUUUUGAAGUUUUUGAUCAUUCUGCUAAACAAGUUGUUGACGUCAGAGAAAUCGGAACUAUCUUACGAUCUUUAGGAUGUUGCCCUACUGAAGCUGAGGUGCAGGAAGUGAUUUUGGCGACGGAAAAUAAAGAAGCCACGGGAAAUGUUCCGCUGGCCAACUUUCUGCCCUAUUUGUGCAAGGCUAUGAUUGAACAUAGAUUCUACCCGGCAAGUGCGGAAGUGUUACUGGCAGCUUUUCGUUACUUUGACUCGGAGGGCAGAGGCUAUCUGACUAAGGAACGCUUCACAAAACUAAUGCUGGAAGAAGGGGAACCCUUUACACAGGAAGAGUUUGACGAGAUGAUGCAAACUGCGUUGGAUCCUGUCACCGACACCAUCACGUACGAAUAUUACAUCAAUCAGCUCAUGGUGGCGCAUAAAGAUGUGUACCAACUUGCAGAUUUUUGUGAAGAAGAGAGAAAAAGGCUAGAGGACGCUCAACCAAAAAAAAGACGAGCCUCCUCAUUAUUGCGAUCUGCUGCAGCUACUUAA